AUGCGCCCUAUGAAGGUUGUCGUGAUUGGUGCUGGAAUUUCCGGUAUACUUGCAGCCAUUCGCUUCACUCAGCGUAUCCCUAAUCUGGAUCUUGUUGUGUAUGACAAGAACCCCGAGGUCGGUGGUACUUGGUAUGAGAAUCGGUAUCCGGGAGUGGCAUGUGAUGUCCCGUCCCACGUGUACCAAGCAUCAUUCGAACCGAAUCCCAGCUGGUCCCAGUUCUACUCUUCCGGUGGUGAAAUUCUCGAAUACUGGAAAAGAAUUGUCGAGAAGUACGAUGUUCGCAAGUAUAUGAAACUCAACCACAAAAUUGUGGAGGCCAGAUUCGAUGACUCCCAGUCCAAGUGGCACGUUUCCGUCGAGAACUGCGUCACUGGGGAAGCUAUUUACGACACUUGCGACGUUCUCUACGCGUGCAUCGGGGCAUUGAAUGAUUGGAAGUGGCCUGACAUCCCAGGCCUUGACACCUUCAAAGGCAAGCUCCUUCACAGUGCUGCGUGGGAUGAGAGCUGGAACCCAGAGGGACUUUCUGUCGCGGUCAUUGGCUCUGGUUCAAGCGCAAUCCAAAUUGUCCCAGCCAUUCAGCCGAAGACCAAGCGAAUCGACAAUUAUGUUAGGGGUCAAACCUGGAUUGCCCCUCCUUGGGCGCAGGAUGAAGUUCGCAAGCACACAGCCAAAGACGCCAAUUUCAAAUUUACGCCUGAGGAAAUCAAGGAGUUCAAAGAAAGUCCGGGCACCCUCCUGGCCUAUCGCAAAAGGCUGGAGACGGAAGUUCAGUCGAUGGCGAAGUAUCUUCUGCGUGGCGAGCUUGCAGAGAAGGCAGCUUCUGACUUCAAGGAGCACAUGGCCACGAAACUGCUUAAAAAGCCGGAGAUUCUUGAGAAGAUUCUCCCAUCCUUUGCCCCUGGUUGUCGACGCAUUACACCUGGUCCUGGAUACCUUGAAGCAUUGAACGAGGACAAUGUAUCUUUCGUCUCGGAUGCAAUUUCCCAUAUCACGGAAGAGGGGAUCGUCACGGUCGACGGUACCCUGAGAAAGGUUGAUGCCAUCGUUUGUGCGACGGGUUUUGAUACCAGCUUUUCCAAACGAUUCCCAAUUUACGGGAGCGGGGGUCUAGAUCUCGGCGAGAGGUGGAAGGAGUACCCUGACACUUACAUCAGCCUUAGCACACACGGCACGCCGAACCUCUUCUUUGCCCAUGGUCCCAGCUCUGGUAUUGGGGUUGGGUCUCUAGUCAUCGUUCUCGAACGAACUUGCGAUUAUGUCUGCUCGGUUAUCGCAAAAAUGCAGAAAGAUCGCAUCGCGACAAUUCAGCCGAAGCGAGAAAGCUGUGACUCAUUCAAGAGAUAUUGUGAGCAAUUCUUCAAGAAAACGGUGUUCUCGCUGCCUUGUCGGUCCUGGUACAAGCGAGGGACCGAAAAUGGUCCCGUCACUGCUCUCUGGCCUGGGUCGUCUAUCCACUUUGUCAAGGUCUUGGAAAAGCCCCGCUUCGAAGAUUAUGACUACACUUAUAUUGGUGGAAAUGAUAUGGCUUGGAUUGGUAACGGUCUGACCGUGGGGGAGUCUGAUUCCAGCGUGGAUAUGGUUGAGUAUCUUCACCCGGAAAACAUCGAUUUCCCGCGGUUCUAA